AUGACAUCAAAUACUGUUCCUAUUUAUCGACAAGGACGUAAAUUUUAUGUAUCCACUGAAGAAUAUGAACGUAUACGUUCCGAAGAACGAAAACAGCGUCGUACAGCUAUAUUAAAAUCUCAACAAUUACCUGUUUCAAAAUCAUAUCAAACAUCUAUUCGAUCACCUUCAACAUUUUCAUAUAAUCCUAUUCAACGAAAUAAUUCAAAUUUGUAUGAUUAUAAAUAUGGUGUUGCGAAAACACAUCAAUUACCUGUUAAUUCAUUACUAAAUACAGAUAAUCAACGUGAAUUAAAUAGAUUAUCUCGUUCAACAUUAAAACAUUAUGAUGGUCAAGAUGAUUUAUCAUCGAUUACAUCAACUACUUCGAAAACAAAACCAUCGACUACUAUUCGUUCAUAUUCAUCUGAUAAAGUACUUGAUAAUCGAAGGACACCAUUAUUAUCUAAAACCGAUAAUACAAUCAAACGUUCAUUGUCAGAUGAAAGCACACAAAUACAAUCAUUAGUUCAACAACAAAAACCAAAACAACAAUCACAUAUUUCAUCACAUCGACCAAUUUCAAGAACAGUUUCUAAUUAUGGAAUGUCUCCUAGAACAACAUUUUCCAUAACACCAACUGAUCAAACAUAUACUCAAACAAAUACUUCAACAUUAACAAGUUAUUUAGCACGUAUAAAACAUCCAAGUUUAAAUCGUUCAUCAAAAUCAUUACAAUUAUCUAAUCCAGCAACUGGUACAUUAUUUGAAACAAGUAUGCAAGGUUUUGAUAAUGUUUAUACUAUACUUGGUUCAUCAAAUCGACUGUCUGGUACUAUUUCAUCAUCUUUACCAACUUCAUCAAUAACAAAUAAUAGUAAAAAUGAAUAUUAUUAUCGAGAUACAACAAAUGGUUCGUUUUCUGAUGAGAAUUCAUCUACAUUAUCAAUGAUAUUUCAACAACAAAAUACAGAUAAAAAUAAUAUUAAUCGACAAUCGGAAUAUGUUGAUGAAACCAAUGAUAAUCAUAGUCAACAACGUGAUUCAUGGACACGUUCAACAAUACGUAGUCCAUCAAGUGAUGGUAUAACAGAAAAAAAACGUGUUCGUUUUGCUGAUACAGAAGGUUUUACAUUAGAAGUAAUAUCUGAUAAAAAUCAAUUAAGAUCAACAAAAACUAAUCGAUUAUUAACCAAACGAGAAAGUAUGCAAAAUUCGAGUGAUUCUCGUGAUCAAAAACAACCAUUUCAUAAUGCAUUUUAUCAAGUAACGACUAAACUUGGUCGAAGUAAACUUGCAACGGAUGUAUAA